GCCAAGCUUGACGCACCAAGCUUGACGCACGGCUCGCCUCCUUGUGGGCCCCUCCUCUUCGGGCUUGGGGGGCGUAGAUCCCGAUUGCUGUCCCUCCCCGUUCCUCCUCCUCUUCCUCCUCCUCUUCCUGGCUUGGAGAGCCUUCCCUUCCCCGGAAAGAGCGGCGUUGGAGAGGGAGAGCUCUCUUGCAAAACUGUGCCCAGCUUGACGCACGGCGCGCCUCCUUGUGGGCAGCUCCUCUUCGGGCUUGGGGGCCUCGAUCCCGAUUGCGACCCCUCGCAGCUCCUCCUCCUUGUCCUCCUGCUCUUCCUCCCCCUUUUCCUGGCUUGGCGAGCCUUUCCUUCCUUCCUUCCUUCCCCGGGUUCUCUCUCCGCUUGGUCAGCAGCAGCAGCAUCAGCAUCAUCAUCCAUGGCGCAGGAGGAGGAAGGCGCAGGAGGGGAGAGCGGCGGCGGCGGUGGUGGGGGUCUCCUGCUGGAGCUGGUGAGCUCCCCGCUGAACCUGAGCCUGCUGGGCCUGUGUCUCUUCCUGCUCUACCAGAUCCUGCGCGGGGACCGGGGCCGGGCCCAGCCCGAGGGCGAGGAGGACGCGCCCCCGCCCCUGCCCAAGCUCCGCCGCCGGGACUUCACCCUGGCCGAGCUGCGCCCCUUCGACGGCAUCCAGAACCCCCGCAUCCUCAUGGCCAUCAACGGGAAGGUCUUCGACGUCUCCCGCGGGAGGAAGUUCUACGGGCCCGAGGGUCCUUAUGGGAUAUUUGCCGGAAGAGACGCGUCCAGAGGCCUUGCCACCUUCUGCCUGGAUAAAGAAGGCCUGAAGGAGGAAUACGACGACCUCUCCGACCUGGACGCCACGCAGAGAGAGACCCUGAGCGACUGGGAGCAGCAGUUCACCUUUAAAUACCACUAUGUUGGCAAACUGCUGAAGGAUGGAGAAGAGCCCACUGUGUAUUCGGAUGGAGAAGAGACGAAAGAAGAGCAAGAUCGCAAAAACGAUUAAGCCAAGUUGGAGAAGAUCGUUCUGAAGGUGGUUGGUUGGUUUUAGUAUCUUUUUUAAAACAGAAAUCACAGGACUUUGUGUCACAUUCCGGUUCGAUUCCACCACUUUUGAUUUCGGAAAUGGUAUGGCUCGUUGUCAUUCAAUGCAGUUCAAUUUGCAUUCCCAAAUGAACCCUGGAUGCUCUUAAAUUGAAGCAAUGCAAAUCCAAUUGGCAUUGAAUCAAAGAAUACCGAACAUGAAAGACCCAUUGAAAAUGCACCGCCUCAUUGGUUGGUGCAACUGGGGUGGGUCUUGGUUCCAAAACACGUAAUGCAUAAUUAUACAUUAUGGCGACCAAAAGCUUUCCUGCAUCUUCUUUGCCUCCGAUUAACAUUCCCUUUGCAACAUUAUUUUGCAAUGACCUGCAUACUUAAUCUUUCCCAUCAUACUUUUUGCGAGUCCCUACUUUUGGUUUGUGCCGAAUCGAGGCCAAAUCGUUGCCGAUACGAACGGUUCGAAGCUAUAGAUGGGAGCAAACAAGAAGAAAGUAGACAUAACUUUGCAUCUUCUUUGCCUCCAAUUAACAUUCCCUUUGCAAGAUUAUUUUGCAAUGACCUGCAUACUUAAUCUUUCCCAUCAUACUUACGUACCAUUCGCGAGUCCCUACUUUUGGUUUGUGCUGAGUUGAGGCCAAAUCGUUGCAGAUACGAACGGUUCGAAGCUAUAGAUGUGAGCAAACAAGAAAGUAGACAUAACUUUCCAUCUUCUUUGCCUCCAAUUAACAUUCCCUUUGCAAGAUUAUUUUGCAAUGACCUGCAUACUUAAUCUUUCCCAUCAUACUUACAUACAAUUUGUGAGUCCCUACUUUUGGUUUGUGCUGCAUUGAGGCCAAAUUGUUGCCGAUACGAACGGUUCGAAGCUAUAGAUGGGAGCAAACAAGAAGAAAGUAGACAUAACUUUGCAUCUUCUUUGCCUCCAAUUAACAUUCCCUUUGCAAGAUUAUUUUGCAAUGACCUGCAUACUUAAUCUUUCCCAUCAUACUUACGUACCAUUCGCGAGUCCCUACUUUUGGUUUGUGCCGAGUUGAGGCCAAAUCGUUGCAAAUACGAACGGUUCGAAGCUAUAGAUGUGAGCAAACAAGAAGAAAGUAAACAUAACUUUCAAAUCUGCUUGUUGACAUGCAGAGCUGCGUCCUCCACGCGGCCUACUUUGUUUACCUUGCACACACAUCUUCAGUAUUGAUGAUAUCUUGGUUUGGCCUGGUUUAAAUAAGCUAAACCCUAUCUUCUCCUAAAGAAGAACCUGUUCCCAGGAAGCUUGGCAAUGUAUCCUGCUUUUAGUAUUAAGAAACGUUAAUGGAGAGGUAAACAUAAUUGCAAAACAGUGGUUGAAGGCUGAGCUUUGGACAUAGGCACUGCCAGUGAUGCUUGCAAAUGGACUUGGAGAGAAUACUUCCAAAAUACGAGGGUGAAUGAAAAGUAAUGCCUCCACCUUCAUAACUCCUCAACAGAUAGCAGUACUGGUAUGCGACAGGUACUGGCUUGUUCAGUAGACUCUCCUCUACAGUUCCAUUUUGGCGGGAAACCUUAGCAUUGAACAGUUGUGUUGUUAAAGUGUGAAGUAUGGAACCUUGUGCAGAUGGUCAAUACGACUUAAGCAACGUGCAGUCAUUGAAUUCUUGACAGCAGAAGGUGUCACCUCAACAUCUUUAAACUUAAUCACACCAACACAAUCACCAUCAACAGCUUGCAUUCUCUGAUGAAUCUCCAUUGGAUUUUGUGUGUGUGUGUGUGUGUGUGUGUGUGUGUCAGGAGCGACCUGAGAAACUGCAAGUCGCUUCUGGUGUGAGAGAAUUGGCCGUCUGCAAGGACGUUGCCCAGGGGACGCCUGGAUGAUUUGAUGUUUUUAUCAUCCUUGUGGGAGGCUUCUCUCAUGUCACCGCUUGGGGAGCUGGAGCUGACAGAGGGAGCUCAUCCACCUUUCCCUGGAUUCGAACCCGCGACUUGCCGGCACAGGGGUUUAACCCACUGAGCCACCGGGGGCUCCCUCUACAUCCUUUGAGGUGUCAAGGAUUCAAUGACUGCACGUAGCUUAAGACGCAUGGAUCGACCGUCUGCACAGGGUUCCAUACUUCACACUUUAACAACACAACCGUUCAACGCUAAGGCUUCCUACCAAAAUGGAACUGUAGAGGAGAGUCUACUGAACAAGCCAAUACCUAACGCAUGCCAGUACUGCCAUCUGUUGAGGAGUUACGAAGGUGGAGGCAUUACUUUUCAUUCAACCCUUGUAAUAAAUUAGCACCAGUUUAGGGAAAUCCAAAACAGUAGUGGUAGGUGCAUUGUGUUUUUUUUAUCCUUUGGGAUUCCGCUUUCUUUUUGUUCGCCCCAAAGCAAUAACAACUCCUGUAUCCGCUGUAAACACAAACACCAUUUGAGGAUCCGUUUACUUCUCUCCGCUUUGGUUAUUUAGGGUUUCCUUCUAUUUUUUGCUUAUUGGUAAUCACUAGGCCUUAAAGACAGGUAGUAGACUGGGGUGUGGACCUACCUCUGGGAAGUUUUUAAGCUAAUCGAUAGUAAGAGAAGCGUUUUUUUGCGUUGCCGUGUCUUUCCUGUUUCGAAGCUUAAGUUGCAGCCAAGCGUUAGAAUCCGCUGCUUCAAGAACAACAAGCCUGUAUCUUGUUUGAUUGUUUUUGCGAGACAGUGAAUAAAACCUUGCUAGAAAUACAA